UAUGCUAGUGGCUACAUCUCACAUGCCUUUGCCCUGACAAAUUGUUAUCUGGGAGAGCCAGCCUCACUCUACAAUAAAUUUAGUCAUGGAUCGAAGACUGGACCGAUUGCAAGAAAUUUGCAUAAGAAUUCAUAAUACCCAUUUGACAUAUUUAGAAACCAACGAUAGUCCAUCAAAAAUCAAAGAACGCUACAAAUUAGAAGGUUUUAUCAACGAAUAUGUUGGUCUCGUCCCAAACGAAAAAAAAUAUGUAUUCCAAGAAACGUCUGAUAUUCUACUACGAUCUGCAGAAACAUUAGAAGGAUUUAGUGUUUAUCGUGCAAGUGAAGCAUGGUCGGCAAUUUCUAUAUACGCCUCGAAUCUCCUGGCUCAACCAUGGCGAAAAGAAUAUCGUUCUGUUCAAACUUAUAGUGGUUACUAUAAGCACGAAAUCGAAGCUAACUUGUUUCAAGCUGAACUUAUGUUCUAUUUAAUGGGAUACAAGAAAUCUGAACAUUCAGUUUUAACACUUGAUGGUCCUAUUGAUCCCGACAAAGUUUCAAAUGUUUCGAGAGAUGCAAUCGUUGCGUUUGUUGAAUGUCAAAUUCUUAAGAAAAUUUUUGAGACUGUUUCUAAAUCGUUCUCUAUAUCAUGGUUCGAUAUCAUAGAACAUCGAAGAAAAUUCGUUGGAACUGCAGAGCAAGCUAUUCGGAGUAUCCAUCAACUGCUGCAACGAGAUAAUCAAAACAAAAUGAAAUCAGAAAAUUAUCCACAGUAUUAUCAGAAACGAUUCAAUUCAACUACAUCAGACGAUACUUUCGAAGACAAUUUUAACGACUCAAGUGAUAAAAAAAUAUACGACGUUGUAGCUACUACCGAAUUUACACCAAAUUGUGCGUUCGCUUCUCGUUCUGUUUCUUGUGAAAUAAUAAAAACCGAUCGGCUAGUGAUAUCUGGUUCUCAGAACCAGUUAACAAAAAAUUUAACAAGUAAGAUAAUGCCUCAGUCUAAUAAAAGACAUGAAAAAUGUGACAACAGUUGUGAUUCAAGUCGUAAGAUUGGUCAAACUGACAUAAAUCUCAUUGACUAUUCCAUGAAAUACCUCUGUGAGAGGGACAUGUCUUUCGUUAGAACUUCCGUCCAUCAAAAUUCCAUCUCAAGUGAAUCUAACACUUUACAUCGGACAUCUGAAAAUACAAAACAUCCAAAUGAUCGAGAGUUGAUUUUCCAAGAAAAAAAAAAAGCUAGAAGGAAAAAUGACGAUUCGGCUAUUAGCGUCGAGCGGCUUCAUCGCCACUGGUUCGAUCCUCAAAUAACAUUCUUGAAUACCGUUGAGAAAAAAAUGUCGAGUAACCCAGAAUUACAAAAAAAUUUGAAGUCAUCAUUAAACUUAAUCGAUCUUAAUAAAAUAUCUCAGAAAGUUGAAAUAGACGAAUCACAUCGAUUGAAAAGCGCUACACAACUAUAUGAAAAGGCUGACAAAUUUUCUAUUGAGUCUAAUAAUGAGCACCAAAAUAUCGGAUAUCAUGAAUGGAAUUGUCUAUUUUGUACAUUUAUCAAUACAACUCAAGCCGAAAUUUGUCAAAUGUGUGGAAAAUCUAGACGAAGCGUACCAAACGAAAAACCUCUAGAAAGUGGGAGUAAACAGUGCCCAAACUUUGAUGUGUAUAUCAUAUUCAGUUCAGAGAGACUUGGUUAUUGUAAAAAAGAAAAGUGAGGUUAAACCCAGAGUUGACAGUCGACAUUUUUGUUGUUGAUAUGUCAUAUAUGUGAGUAAAAAAAGCAAUUAAAUAAUAGUUCAAAGAGAUUUAAUAACAGUCCAUACAUUUUAUAGAUACCAAUUUUAACAAUGGAUCAUCCUGAAUUUGAAGUUUAGAAACAUUUUGAUGUUGUUGCAAAUCCUGAAUGCAAAUACACGACAGGAAGUUGUAAAUAUUGUGGAAAAAAAUAUGUUUCAAAUGUUGGUAGAAUGAUGAAGCAUCUUGCUCAAGAAUGUCAAAAUUGUGAUGAUGAAAUUAAAAAAAAUUUUAUGAAAAUGAUUGUGCCAAAUAAUAAACCUGAUGUCAGAUCUCAUCUGAGCAAGUUGUAGCACUAAUUGCAAAGAACAAAACAACUCAAAACAAAGGCUCAAUUGACAAGUUUAUUGAUACUAAAAUGUCCAAAGAAAAUCAUGAUAAAUUGACUGCUUCUUUUGCAAAUAUUCAUACAAAAAACAGAAACUCAUUAUUAAAUGAUCGUACUCAAAAACUCGUUCGUAUCAAACACAAUUUACGACUCGUUGAACCUGCUCGAUUAACAAUAUCACCAGUAAGAAAAAAAUCAUUAGUAACAAAAAAUGAUACGAGUUUUGAAGAAUUUGUUGGAGAAAUAUCUGAUUGGGAAGAUGAAGGUUGGGACGAUUGUUCUCUUCAUGAUGAUAAAAGUAAAAACAAAAUUUAAUUGUUGACCAAAAAAAUUGAUAAGUUUUUUAAAGUGAAGAGCUUGAAUUAUCAUUAUUGUUCUUAAAAAAGGGUUACAAGUUUAAACUUUUAAAGUUCAAAGAACACCAAAAAUUAAUCAUAUAAAAUUUAAAAACAUAUCGAGUUUUUAGUUGAGUUUGUCAUUUUUUUUUCUUUGAGAAUAUUGCUUCUUUUUUUGUCCUUUGUUUUUCAUUUCUACUUUGAUCUUUUUAUAUUUGUUUUUAAGGAUACUGGUAGAAACAUUUCUCCGUCUUUUCUCCAACUUCUUUCCAACUUUUCUCCGUCAUUUCUCCACCUUUUUACGAAAAUGACCCAUGGUUGGAGAAAUGGCGGACAAAUUUCUCCAACCUUUCUUCAACCAAAAAUUUACUCCAACUUUUUUCCGACUUUUCUCCAACUUUUUUCUGCUAUUUCUCCAACCUGAAAUGUACUCCAUAUUUUUUCCAACCAUUCUUCAACCAAAAAUUUACUCCAACUUUUUUCCAACUUUUCUCCAACCAUGGGUCAUUUCCGGAAAAAGGAGGACAAAGUUGGAAAAAAGGCGGAGAAAGUUGGAAAAAGUUGGAGAAAUAUUUCUGCCAGGGCUUUUUUCAUCUUGCUAUAUAGCAAUAUAUAGCUAAUUUGUACCCGUUUUUUUAUCAUUUUUAUUAAGGUUCAAACUAACGCUUUGCUUAGUACAAAUCAACCCAUGUCAAAACAAAGACAAAAAAACAAAAUUAUUGGAUAUUUAUAGAAAAUAUCAAGAGGCACGGUAGUGCCUCGCGUCAAGUUUGAGAAAAAAAAAAAAGUGGGAUAAACGAGAUUAACUACCGUGCCUAUAUAUUAUCGGCAUAGAGCUAACCCUAACCCUCUAAUUCCUUGGGAAUUUAUUUUAAAAUAUGAUUGAUCAGAUAAAAAUGAUAUGACUUCUAAUCAUUUCAUUGAAUCAAUAUCACACUUUUUUAUAAAAAAAAAAAAAAAUUUUUUUAGAUGUAUACUUUUUUUUUAAACUUUAAAAUCAAUUUCAGAAAUUGCUUUUUUCUUGAUAUUUCU